AUGGAGCCUGGCAACCGACAAAAUGACCGCCGCACAAUCGCCUCUCCUGGUGCUAUCAGAGCCGUUGCAAUCAUCGGCGCCGGGCUGAGCGGGCUAGUAUCCGCCGUGCAUUUGCUCCGCGCUGGCAUCGACAUCACCAUCUUCGAACGAGCAAACCAUGUGGGCGGAGCUUGGAAAUAUAACCCACAACCAGAUCGGGAUCCACCGUUCCCUAGCGUUCGACCACCGACUCCGGACUGGGCCGAGGUGGAACGGCUACAGGGGGAAGGGUUGAGUAUCGAGGAGGCGGUGUUGCGGUUUGCUCCACCAGGCCCGGUGUAUGCGAACAUGAAGAGCAGAGGCAACAAAGUGGCCAUGCGGACCUCCCUGGCGAACUGGCCCGAGGGAAGCGGGGAUCCUCUAGAUCAUAGCGAGGUGCUAGAGUAUCUCCAGGGUGUUGCUCUCACCCACGGUGUGCAAGAUAAGAUUCGCUUCGGCACGCAGGUGGAAGCGGUAUCGAAGGAGGAAGGAACUGGUCACUGGCGAAUUCGGACUUCUAGGCUCGUUACGACAAGAACGAGCUAUAAGAUGGAGGGGGAGACGUGGAGGUUCGAUGCUGUCGUCGUGGCCACGGGAAGAUACGGCGUCCCUCGCGUGCCUGAUGUGCCCGGACUAUCGACCUGGAAGCGCAUGUUCCCAGAUCGGCUGAUGCACGCCAAACAGUACCGCACGCCAACAUCCUUCCGAGACAAGAGGGUGCUCAUUAUAGGGGCCUUUAUCUCUGCCCUCGAGGUAGCCAGGGAGUUGACUGACAACGGUGCAAUGGUGUACCAGAGUGCAACUGAUACGAGAGUCGACUUCAGGGACCAAGCAGGUCAUGAAAAUGCCGUCAAAGUGGCUAUGGUAACCGAGUUCGUCGCAUUCGCGCAGAACGGAGAGGAACAGAGCUCGAGGUCAAAGACGCUCGAUGACGACCAGCCUAUUCCAGGACAGGUAAUCCUCCAAGACGGGCGAGUACUGAAGGACAUACACCAUGUCAUAAUAGCGACCGGCUACCUGACAACCUACCCUUUCCUUGGCCCUGCUCUGGAGCAGCCUUUCACGUCACUCGAAGAGGCGGACGACAAGGUUAUUACCACCGGCGAUGCUAGAACCGUGCAUAAUUUGCACGAGGAUAUCUUUUAUAUCCCCGACCCAACUCUGGCCUUUAUCGGUGUCACGCAAUUCGCCUCUACAUUCUCGCUCUACGAUUUCCAAGCCCAGAUCCUCGCGGCCGUGUUCGCGGGCCGUGUGCGGCUUCCCUCUGAGGCUUCAAUGAAGGCAGAGCAGCGGCGCCGUAAGAGCCGGGUUCUGCCAGGAACCCUACUGAAUAGCAUAUUUCUGUUGGACGAUGUUGUGAUCCGCAGGUUGUUAGAUUGGGUUAACAAGGAAUUGGAAGCGGGUGGGUUCGAGCCUCUUUCUGGGCCAGAUUCUGAAUGGUGGGAUGCCUUUAGAGAGCAGAGAGAAGGUUCUCGGUCACUAUUGGGCGUGCUGCAGGAUAAUUACUUGGGUCAAUAG